AUGUCGACCAACACGCGCUUUAUGCGCACAGCCGACCCCAAGACGCCCGAGUACGAGCUCAACGAAGACGGCAAAGGGGUCGACGUUCCUCUCCUCACCACGCAGCCUCCCGACUCACCCGCGACGCCGCUAUACUCGCCCACACCACUGCGUGUUGGACGCGGGUUAAGCGCUGGCAAUGUCCCCUUGUCGCGCUCAAGCUCGGCGGCGUCCGCGGGCAGUAACCGGGGUAUCCUCCGACGCAUCUUUAUCGACCGUGUAGGCACCCCAAGCCAGCACUUGCUGCGACCGACCUUCCCGCCGCCAAACCUCAGCACAUACUCGCCCGUCCCGCACGAGCCGAUGACCAUUACGGAUCAUGUCAAGUUGAAUAUCCGACAAGCAGUAUCGUUCAUCGUCAGCACAAUCUUCCUCGGUGGUGUCGUAGUGUGGGCGUUGGCUAUUGAGGCCAUCUACAUGCUCCCGUCGCUGCUCAAGUGGGACAAGGCCCCAAAGUAUGCCUGGGACGACGACAAGUACUGGCGCAAGAAAGGGAACAAGAUUUCCAAAGACCCAGCAGACUACGCGCGUCAGAUUGGGAUGGACAUCGAGCACCAGACUGUUGAAACUGAGGACGGUUUCUACUUGAGGAUGCACCGCGUCGUCGACCCCCAGGCUCAGCCGCGUGCUGACGGCCGCGGCGGCUUCCCGAUCCUCAUCCUACACGGCCUGUUCCAGUCCUCGGGUUCGUUUGUGACCUCUGAGGACCGCUCGCUGGCAUUCUGGCUGGCCAAGCGUGGAUACCAGGUGUACCUUGGCAACACGCGCGGCGUGUAUGACAUGGGCCACAGAUCCUACUCGCGCGGUGACCCGCGUUUCUGGGACUGGACGAUCCGUGACCUUGCCAUGUACGACCUUCCAGCCCUUGUGGACCAUGUUUGCCAGGAGACGGGCUACGACAAGAUUGCCUUCAUGGGCCACUCGCAGGGUAAUGGCCUUACUUUUAUCUCGCUCUCGCUCGGCAUGGUGCCCAACCUCGGCAAGAAGCUGAGCGUCUUCAUCGCGCUCGCCCCGGCCGUGUAUGCCGGUCCCCUCACGACUGGCUUCCCAUUUACGACGCUGAAAAAGAUCGAGUGGCCAACAUGGAAGCGUCUGUUCGGCACGCUCGACUUUAUCCCUCUGAUGCGGUACGCGUACGACUAUUGCCCGGCCCAAAUCUUCGGAUCGCUGGGAUACAUCAUGUUUGCGUUCCUGUUUUCCUGGACAGACGCCAACUGGCUCAAGCGCCGCAAGACCAAAAUGUUCCGCUUCACACCCACGCCCGUGUCGUCUGCGUCCAUCUUCUGGUGGUGCGGCAAGGGCGGGUUUGCCGACCGCCAGUGCACGCUCGACGACAGCCUCGACAGGUGGUACGAUGACCGGUUCCCACCUCUGUCAAUCUACUAUGGCGGCCGCGACUAUCUGGUCCUCACCGAACCACUGCUAGAGCGCCUCAAGGAAAAGGAGACCGACGUCAACGUCAUCAAAGUCACCAAGAUUGACAAGUCGGAGCAUUGCGAUUUCUACUGGGCCGCCGAGGCAGUCGAGUGGGCGUUUGAGUCGUUUGUCGAUGACAUCGAGUCAACCCGGCCCAGGUAUCCAGAGGAGCUCCGUCGCGAGCCCGCAGAUACGGCCGAGCAGCUCAUCUAG